GAAAAGUAGUGGGAAAAUGACAGGAAUGCUCACUCGCGGUUUAACCUCCCUGUCCUGUGACUCCACCCCGGUGCACUGGUGGCGCUACGGAGAUGAAACCGGUACGUUGCUAUGCUGUUGCCUCUGCUGCAUUCAGCGUGCAUUGACAACCGACUCGGCUGAGAAAGUCAGAGACGCUAUUCGGAAAUCCGGAAUACACCCCCCCCAACAUUUAUGUCGCUCAUACCCUCUCAUUUACAAAUCAAAGGAAUUGUAAAUAUCAUUCACUCGGUCUGAGAUGCCUGCUGGUUCGCUGUAGCCAAUGGUUGCUGUAUCUUGUCUGUGGAUUAUUCGUCGCGGAUUCAAACUAGUAAAGGGCCCGCAGACAGUUGAAUGUAUGAAGCUGAAGGAUCGGAGUGAUAAAAAUGAGGUUUUGUCGGAGUUCCCAGCGGGUGAACUGAACUUGGAUUUUUCAGUCCCUCACCCUAAACUCAUUUCCCGUUGUAAGAAAACAAUAUUCCUUAAAAACUGGACGCCUCUGGAACUGUUUAUGACGGUCCAAUGAUGCCGUUUUGAUCUCAAAAUCAAAUCAUUUGUGGGUAGCAAUACCCUGGUUGGACCGUAAUGACCACACGCUUCCAGUUGCCAGCUGGCAGAUCUUACAAUGUCCGGGCAUCAGAGCUGGCACGCGACAGGCAGCACACUGAGGUUGGCUGCAACAUUCUUCUCUUGGACAACACUGUCCAAGCCUUCAAAGUUAAUAAGCACAACCAGGGUCAGGUCUUACUGGAGGAAGUGUUUAAACACCUGGAGCUGACAGAGAGGGAUUACUUCGGCCUGCAUCUGUCCGACGACUCCACCGACAGCCCGGUAGGUGCCAAGAGAUGGCUGGAUCCAAACAAACCCAUCAGGAAGCAACUUAAACGGGGAUCGCCUCAUAAUCUGAGCUUCAGAGUGAAGUUCUUUGUGACCGACCCUAAUAAACUUCAGGAAGAGUACACUAGGUACCAGUAUUUUCUCCAGCUCAAACAGGACAUCCUGACAGGAAGACUGCCCUGUCCGCACAACACUGCCGCACUCCUGGCUUCCUAUGCUGUUCAAUCUGAGUUGGGAGACUACAGUGACUCGGAGCAUGCUCCUGGCUACCUCUCAGAGUUCUGCUUCAUCCCCAACCCACCACAAGGGUUCCACAAGGAGGUCACCAAACACCACCAACAGCACAGUGGUCUGUCUUCUGCCCAAUCAGAGUUUAAUUACCUGAACACAGCACGGACGCUGGAGCUGUACGGAGUGGAGUUGCACUAUGCAAGGGAUCAACGCCACACUGAGAUUUUAAUUGGGGUGAUGUCAGCAGGGAUCGUGGUUUACAAGAACAGGGUACGAAUCAACUGCUUUCCCUGGUUGAAGAUUGUGAAAAUAUUGUUCAAGUGCAAACAGUUCUUCGUUCAGCUCAGGAGAGAAGUGAAUGAGACGAGGGAGACUUUGCUGGGGUUCAACAUGGUGAGCUACAGAGCCUGUAAGAACCUAUGGAAGACCUGUGUAGAGCAUCACACCUUCUUCCGUCUGGACCGGCCCGUUCCCCCUCAGAAGAACUUCUUUGCCCACUAUUUUACCCUGGGCUCCAAGUUUCGUUACUGCGGGAGGACCGAGGUGCAGUCGGUGCAGUAUGGCAAAGAGAAGGGGAUCAAGAACAGGGUGUUUGCCAGGUCACCCAGUAAGCCCAUGGCCAGGAAGUUGAUGUGCGGGACAGACUGGGAGGCGGUGAGCAGGAACAGCCUAUCAGACGAGAGGCUGGAGACCCAGAGCCUGCCUACACGCUCCCCACCCGGUACCCCUAACCACCGGAACUCGUUGUUCGUACAGGAGGGGACGCGGAUGCGCCCGUUGUCGGUUGGGCACCUGGUGGACCACAUGAUCCACGCCUCGCCUAGUCUCCCCGUCUUCUCCAAUCACAAAUCAGCGUCCUCUACCCAGGCCAACUCUAUCAGUCUGGACUCCAGCCCCUCCCCAGAGACAGUAGAUGGUCGCCCCCCGGCCCUGCCUCCAAAACAGUCCAGGAAGAACCUGAGCCAGAUCAUCCAGGCCCACUCCCAGCAGAGUCUCCUUGACAACCACAUCAACGAGAUGUACGAUGUCCCCAUGGCAACCGACAAGACCACGUUGAACGGUGUUGUCCCUCACGACAAUCUGGUCCUGGUCAAGAUGAGGCCAGAUGACAACAGACGAUUUGGCUUCAACGUCAAGGGUGGAGCUGAUCAGAAGGUGCCCGUCAUCGUGUCUCGUGUGGCCCCUGGGACAUCGGCUGACCUGUGUGUCCCUCGCCUGAACGAAGGUGACCAGGUGGUUCUGAUCAACGGUCGAGACAUCUCGGAGCACACUCACGACCAGGUGGUCAUGUUCAUCAAGGCCAGCUGUGAGAGCCACUCAGGAGAGCUCAUCUUAUUGGUCAGGCCCAAUGCCAUCUAUGACAUGGUGGAGGAGAAGCAGGAGACUGAGCCAGACUUCCAGUACAUCCCAGAGAAGUGUCCCCAGGACCCCAGUCAGCUGGACCAGGACGCCUGGAGGGACUCCAUGAACACCCUGAAGGAGGGUCUGGUCAGCGGGGAAGUACUAGCCCAGUUUGAUCAACUCUACCGGAAAAGUCCUGGAAUGACAAUGUUGUGUGCCAAAUUACCUCAAAACAUUUCCAAAAACCGCUACAGAGACAUCUCACCCUAUGACGCCACACGGGUCAUUCUGAAAAGCACAGAUGACUACAUCAAUGCAAAUUACAUCAACAUGGAGAUCCCAGCAUCCAGCCUGAUCAACCGGUACAUUGCGUGCCAGGGCCCGCUGCCCAACACGUGCCCAGACUUCUGGCAGAUGACCUGGGAGCAGAGCUCCUCCAUGGUGGUCAUGCUCACCACCCAGGUGGAGAGGGGACGGGUAAAGUGUCAUCAGUACUGGCCCAACCCUGACAGCACUGCCUCGUACGGCUGCUUCCAGCUGGCCUGUCUCACCGAGGAGGGUAAUUCUGCCUUCCUGGUCCGAGACAUGACCCUGACACACCUCGAGAGCGAGGAGGUCCGGGAGUUGACCCAGAUCCAGUACGUGGCCUGGCCGGACCAUGGCGUCCCAGAUGACUCCAUGGACUUCCUGGACUUUGUCAGCCUGGUGCGAAGCAAACGAGCCGGCAAGGAUGAGCCCAUGGUGGUCCACUGCAGCGCAGGGAUUGGCCGAACGGGAGUUCUCAUCACCAUGGAGACAGCGUUGUGCCUGAUGGAGUGCAGUCAGCCCAUCUAUCCAUUAGACAUAGUCAGAACCAUGAGGGACCAGAGAGCCAUGAUGAUUCAGACACCUAGCCAGUACAAGUUUGUGUGUGAAGCCAUCUUGAGGGUCUAUGAGGAAGGCCUGGUCAAACCCUUGAAGCCCACCCUUUACCAGAGAGAUGAAGAACGAGAGGAAGAAGAAAAUGGAGGAGAAGCAGCAGUAGGAGAGGAGGAGGAGGAGGAAGAGGAUGUUAGCGUUAGUGUGACGAGUGAGACUAGCGCAACCAGCGAUUGCCCUGAACCCUGACCCCUUUGACCUGACCUGGGUCAGCCCAGCGCCAGGGAGGUGGAACCCUGGUUGCCAUGCUUACCGCUAUGGGCCGAGGAGAGAACAAAGCACUGUUGCACUUUACGCCGUCAAAAAAACAAAAAACUGAAAGUCAAAUGAAUCCAGUAAUGUUGAAUAGGUACCGUUAGGGGUAUUGUGUGUUCAGGGUUAAUAAUUUUAAAAAAGACAUUUAAAACAUGGUGAAAUUGCUGUAGUAGUGCCGUAAGUACAACGACUGGGCGGGGCUGUAAGAGAGGGAGUGUUUUUAAGAGUGAUCGAUAAGCCCCUCCAAAUGAAUCUUCCUCCUUUUCUUCUCUGUCCCUCCGGUCCAACGAGAGACGCCAUAUUUUUUUCAAAUAAUAUUUAUUGUGUUUUAGUUUGUCAAACCCUGUCCAUUGAACAACGUGUACGUUAGAGUGAGUCUUAGCUUCAGGCAUCCCAAAUGAAAUCAUAGCUAGUAAAAGUUGUCAUUCUUUACUUUUUAAUGAAAAAAGUGGUUUAAUUUAUUAUAUAUUUGAGCUUUUGACAAAUUCAGACACUACACAUCAGAGCACUUUGUGUCUACCCCUAGCUAACCUUGUGGCUGAUGUGACGCUAUGCCUUGGUUUUUGCAUAGAACAAACAAGGAGCCAUUGAUUGGCAUGUUAAACUGUCUAGUUGGUCAAUUUUUAGAGCUGUUUACUGUGUCAAGACAGGGGGACGAUCUACUCUUAAGCAAUUUGACAAAGUCCACAGCCACUAAGGGGAGGCUCGACCUUAAAACAAACUCUUAAGUUACGUUCCUCUCUGUCUUUGUUCGUGUGUCUGUCUCUAAAGAAUGUAGAGAAUACCAAGAGCAUUCAACCAAUAAUGAUUAGACCCCCCCCCCUUUGAUAUAUUUCAAAUGGUAGUUAGAGUUUUUAAAACACAUUAUUGUUUGUUGGAGAUGAUAAUCACUUAGAAUGUUUUAGGUACAGAUUACUGGGAAUUUGUUGUACUUGUACCCAACACAGUUAUGACAUGUUUCACUCAAACAUCACGCAACAAGAGGUGUCCUUCAUUUCCCACUGGUUCAAUUGUGUUCACAUUGUCAUCAGCUCUUGUAUUGGAGUUAUCAGCAUGUUUAGUUUGAGCUACUCUUCUUCUCAUGAAAGAGUCUUUCUUGCUUUCUUUGGUUGCCUGGCUGCUGGCAUCUUGUGCCACCCUCUCCGAUGCGCAAUGUGGGAGAGUGCAGUGUGUGUGUGUGUGUGUGGGGGGGG